CUUAUUUUGGCGUGGUGAUGUGACGUCACGAGGAUGCGCCUGCUGUGAUUCGACUCAAGAAAGAACUGAGUGUCCAAACUCCUGCUGAAGCGACUGAGAUCCUCCAAGCACAUGGCGUUUAUUAAAGAGGAGGGUGAAGACGUGAAGAUUGAAGACGCUUUCAGAGUCAAACAUGAAGAUCCUGAGGAACAAACAGAGAUGGCGUUUAUUAAAGAGGAGAGUGAAGGCAUCAGGAUUGAAGAAGUAUUCAGUCUGAAAGACACUGAGGAACAAACAGACCUAAUGGCAUUGAAAAAAGAGAAAGAAGUAUUCAAUGACAUUGAAGAGAAAGAUCAAUACGAGAAUCUGCAUAAUUUCACAGCUGGGAAAAAAUCUUUCAGGUGUUCACAGACUGAAAAGAUUUCCACACGAAAAAAAGCUCAAAAGACUGGAGAAACUAGAAGUGAUUUCACUUGCUUUCGGUUUGGAAAGAGUUUCAAUCGACAAGGAAACCUUAAAGUCCACAUUGGUGAGACCCCUUUCAGUUGCCAACACUGUGGAAAAAGUUUCACUUAUAAAGGAAGCUUUGACAGGCAUAUAAAAAAUCACACUGGAGAAAAGCCUUACACCUGCCAACACUGUGGAAAAAGUUUCACUCAUAAAGGAAGCUUUGACAGGCACAUAAGAAUUCACACCAGAGAAAAGCCUUACACCUGCCAGCAGUGUGGAAAAAGUUUUUCUCAACAUGGAAACCUUGAAGUCCACAUGAGAGUACACAAUGGAGAGAGUCCCUUCACUUGCGGACAGUGUGGAAAAAGUUUCAGUCAUCAAGGAAGCCUUAGCCACCACAUGAGAAUUCACACCGGAGAGAAGCCUUACACCUGCAAACAGUGUGGACAAAGUUUUACUAAUAAAGGAAGCCUUAACUGGCACAUGACAGUUCACACUGGAGAGAAGCCUUACACAUGCCCUCAGUGUGGAAAGAGUUUCCAUCAGCAUGGAAACCUUCAAGCCCACAUCAGAAUUCACACUGGAGAGAAGCCUUACACCUGCCAACAGUGUGGAAAAAGUUUCACUCAUAAAGGAAGCCUUAACUGGCACAUGAGAAUUCACACUGGAGAAAAGUCUUAGGCCCGUUGUUUCAGAACCUGGCGCAUUUCCCACCUUAGCUCGGUUUGUUUGGGCAUAUGUGAAAAUGGCAAUCACGCUCGGAUCCGCGCCAAAACAAUCGGUUGGAGAUCAUCUUAAUGAGGUGGUCUCGGCGCGAUUGAAAACAAACUCUGGAGCGGUUCGCUUGUAGUGAGAAAACAAUCCGAUUUUAACAAUUUUGGUCCAUUUAGAAGCUUUGCAGUGUGAAAGUGAACCGCACCAAGAAUAAAAAGCAACAUUGUAAUAAUUUUAAUCACUGUUUCGGAACAAAGCAAUCGAUCUACAGCUGUGAAAGCACCCUUACAUGCCAGCAAAGCGUAGAAGUAGUUUCACUCAAAAAGGAAACUUAAACUAGCACACAUGAAUUCACACAGAGUAGAAGCCUUACACAUGCCAACAGCAUUUAGAGAGUUUUACUCAACAUGGAAACCUUAGAGUCCACAUGAGUAUUCACACCGCAUAAAAGCCUUACAACCUGCCCCCAGUGUGGCAGAAGUUUCAUUCAUUGAUGGUUUGGGGAUCUGACAGUCUCGCAUUACACUGGUUUUAAAUGUGAUGCACAAAUUGAAGUAAUUGUAAUAUGUUUUUUGUUGUAACUUUCAUGCAGUUAAUGUUUCUGGAUUUAUUUGGCAUUUUAAUUUGUUUGUGCAAUUCUUGAGGGCUGGUCAGGAUCAUUUCAAUAAUAUGUUUAAAGCAGCAGUCUGUAGGUUUUGCCUCAUUGUCGCCAUCUCUGUUGGAAACCUGCAGUUGCAGUUAUCAGCAGAAUUUUCAUGUGUAUGUGGUUUGUGUUUCGGCACGGCUCCUCAGCGUGGAUGAAUCUAAUGUUUUGAGGAGUAUGCGUAGCCGUCAGUCACCGCACCAGUGUGGAUAUUCACUGUACUCUGGUGUUACAGAUACUAUGUUUUGGAAGUAUGACUAAAAUAAUCAGAAAAUAUCAACUGAACAAAUAACGUGUCUGCCUUUUUUGUUCUGACCGUCUAAGAAAAAGAAGCAUUACAAUAAA